AUGACAUUACAGCAGAGUUCAGGCAGCACUUCCAUGUUUGGGGAGUGGCUCAAGGUGCUCGCGAAGAAUAAUGGGAACAAACCGAUUACCCCUGGGAAAUUUAAGGAAGCGAUGCGUAAGAAUUUGGAGGAAACAUGGGAAAAAUUAAAGGAGUGGUUAACGAAGCAGGAGGCAAAUGAAAUAGCGAAUUUCUGCAGCAAGGAUACCGUGGAAUGGCCGGGAGGGCCGAAGUCGCCGUUCUGGCCGCCAUAUAUGGAAUUGUUAUGUAACGCUGUAUUAGAAAUAAAAUAUUUCAUGAGUGGAAUAGAGACAGCGAGGGUAAAGGUUCACGGCGAAGGAACGUCGGACGAUGUGGACCCUGUCUAUGAAUCUGUUGCGGGCGCUGAUGCCUAUCGUCGCUGUAUUGUUGGCACUGUUGCCUUGUCUACAAUUUAUGGAGAUCAUUGUAAACUGACAGAAGUUGUAGAGAAGAUUGAAAAGGAAAUAAUGGUAAAAGUGAGGAAGAAGCAUGGGGACCAGAAGGUAAGGUUCAACAACUGCGAAGGAAUGGACCUCAAUGCUUUACUCCUGGGUAAAUCAGUUCUCCAUAAUACAAUCAAGGAGUGGGUUAGUGGAGAUAGGGGGAAGGGAUGGCAGGGAAAGUGGAGGGUGGGGGGGCAGCUGUGGAGCAGGAUGAUACAGCGCUGCUAUAAGGGAAACCGGGCCGUAGGAAAACCGGAUCACGAGGCAACGCGAAAAGAAAAUUUACAGAAGAAUAAAGACAGUAUGGUAUUCUUCUCACGAAUGAAGGAAAAUGACAACACUCAAAAUAAUAUUGGUGGUGCGAACAUGGGGGACAUUCUAACAGGAGAUCAGUUCAUUUUGGAGCAGGACAAAUUGGACAGCAUCUUUUCGAAUCUAACACUGGAUAAAGAUGGUAAAAUUGACGUAAGUUCCUUGACGCAGAAGAUAAAGGACGCAACUAAAGAAAAACUGACUGAGGAAUGCAUGAAAGACAACAGCAAAAAAACAUUUUGCCAGCGCUUGCAAUGUGCACAAAAACAUUGGGAAUUGAAGGAAAACCAGGGCGGCAGCAGCAACAGCGAUAAUUUCUGGAACAAUUAUGUCAACGGCGAAUUGGGCAAUCUCUUUAAUUCGGCGGCUGCUAGUGAUGGUGGCACCGGAGGUGCCCAUUGCAAGAACGCUUCCCUAGAUAGUGCAAACGAAGCAGCAUGCAAACACAUUACAGCUAAAUUAGAUAUUGUGUACCAAAAUUCAAAGGGCAAACACAAAUUGUCUGAUCAAAUUAUAAAUUGUCUUAUGUUAAAAGCUUAUGCUGAAAAAUUAAAAGAACAAGCAAAGCAAAAAGGAUAUUGUGACAUACAACCUGGCAUAACAAGAGCUUUUAGCGCAGCAAACACCAUUAAAGAAAAAUAUUGCAGGAAUAAGGAACCUUGUAUUGUUUGCAACCUUGACGACUAUGACAAACUUAAUGAUUGCCCCAUUGGCAAAAACACAGAUGACAAAGUAAAGUCUAAAGUGGAAUCAAUGCUCAACACCAACAAAAAAACGCAGGAUACGGAAGUACAAAAAACCUUGGCUACCUUCAAUAAAGAAAAUAAGUUAUGUGAACGAGUAAAUUGUACAUUGAAUUGGUAUAAGAACCAGAAGAAUGGACAGGAUGAAUUUUGGAACACGGAGGUACAGAAGUUGUGGACAGAACUGUCCACAGCAAUGAAAACAAAUGGAGGAACAGGGAAUGGAGAUUGUAAUACGACUGACAAUGGCGAAGCAACUCAUUCUGAAAAGACGGCAUGCAAUUUUUUGCAUGCCGGCUUACAUAAAUUGUAUAAUAGUUCGACAGACGACGUCUUAAAGAACAACCCAUCGUUUAGACAAACGAUGGGUUGUUCCUUACUUCAUUUAUAUGCAAAACAUAUGAAAGAGAAGGCAAUUUGUAAUAUUGAGAAGGGGAUAGAUAAAGCUUUCCAGUUAUGGAAGGACCCUAGUAAGAAAGCAACUUCUUGUAAAGGUGUUGGCAAGGGACAAUGUGUCCCUUGCCAAUGGAAUGAAAAAGACAACAUAUUGGACAGUUGCCUUCAGAAAAUUACCAUAAAUAGUAGUACAACUGGCUCAACGGAGACUGCAAAGACCAAAUUGGAAAAGUUUGUCAAUGACGAAAACGACAAAAUAAUGGACAUGGCAAUGGAAGUAAAUAAAAAAGAGAGUCUAUGUCAACGCUUCCAAUGUGUAUCUAACAGAUGGAUCCAACAGAAUAAUGGUCAGAAACGUACUUGGGAGGAUGUGUGGACAGAAGUUAAAGAGCAACUCACGAAGCUUGGGGAUGGAAUUAAAACGAAGAGAACGGAUAUUCAAUCCUACUGCAAUGACAUUCCGAAAGUGGGCAACAAAGAAGUAGAUAAGGAGGCUUGCCUCCUUAUAGCAGCAGGAUUAAAAAGUCUCUACGACAUCCAAGACAAUGCCAACGGCAACGACCCGGUCGAUGCAUCGUUCAAAAGAACGAUGCAAUGUGUUUUAUUAAAUGCCAUGGCAGAUGAAAUGAAGGAAAAACUUCCGUGUAAAGAGGAAAGGAGUGUACUGGAAGGGAUAAACAAGGCAUUUGAGAAUAGUGAAAAAAUUAUGAAUAUAGGUGACGCCUGCAAGGAACCUAAUAAAUGUUUUACGUGUCCGAGGUUUACGGAAUAUAGAAAUUGCAGAAUUAAAGAAAAUAGCACCACAGUGCAAGUAACGAUGUUAAAAGACAAAGUAGAUGACGUGCUCAACAAGGACGGAAAGGCAGAAAUGGAAAAAAUUCAGGAUCAAGCUGUGAAGGACAUAUGUAAACCAUGUACCGAGAGUGGCACCUUAUGUGCACAACUUAAAUGUGUAGCAGAAAAAUGGGGAGAAAGGAAUAAAGGAAUCUCAAACGGAAAACCACCAUCUUGGGAUGACGUGAAGGGUGACUUUGAAGCAGAGUUAAAAGCACUGCUGGAAGACAUGAGGAACACUACGAAGCAGGCCGCUGUUGCGAAGCACUGCAACGGCAAUAACAGCGCCGGAUGGGAAGCCGGCGCAGCAAGGGAUGCUAAUGAAGCCGCAUGCAAGAUGGUUGCAGCAGGGCUGCAACAUAUUUCAAGUAUUCAGCAUGAAUAUAGCACGCAGAAUGGGUUACCUCGGAAAAGUAAAAACCCCUUCGACCACCAAGACAUUCAGCAAGUCCUCUCUUGCUUAAUGUUAAAGACUGUUGUAAAAGAAAUGAAAAAAAGGAGCAAAAUUUGUGACAUACAACCAGGAGUAGACGCCGCAACUAAAGCAUGGAAUGAAAUUAAAUUAAAUUGCACAAAGCAACCUUGUAUUGAGUGCAAAUUAGACGAAGACAUCAAUAACGGCGAUUGCACUAUUGGCACAGAGAAUGUCAAUGUGAAGACCAAAUUGGAAAAAAUACUCGAACACAAUGACUAUAGAACCAACGUCAAUGGAACCCUCUACGCAAUAACUAAAACAGACCAAACGAGAGCACCAUUCUGUAAUCGUCUCCAAUGUAUAGAGGCUCGAGUUAAAGCACAGCAGACGUUAGGAAAAAACAACGAAUUCUGGACAAAGACUGGUGAUGUUGGCAAACUGUGGGACGAACUGUCCACAGAAAUGAGCACAAAUGGCAAAAACGGCAACGGAACUCAUUGUAAUACAAUGGAUGAUAAUGUCUCCGCAGGUUCCCCUGGUAGACAACCCACCGACCCAGAAAAGAGGGCAUGCCAACAUCUUACAGCAGGUUUCAACAAACUCAAGCUGAGUUCACAUUCCAACGACAGUAGCUACACCAUUCUGACCAACCCAUCGUUGAGACAAACGAUGGGUUGUUUACUCCUUAAGGAAUAUGCAAAACAAAUGCAAAGCCAAUCAAAAUGUGUUAUCGAAUCUGGAAUAAAAAAAGCUUUUGGUUCAUGGAAUCCAAUUACUAAUGGUGAAUGCACGGGAAAUAGCCCGUGCAUUGAAUGUAAAUGGGAGGAUAACGAAUAUGAAAAUUGCAACGUGAAGAUUAACACAAAUGGAACGGAAUAUGCAAAAACCAAAGUUCAAGACAUGGUCAAGAACAGCACUUUAACUACCACCAUGAACGACAUAAACCUAACCGAAUCUUUAUGUGACCAACUCAAAUGUGCUGCACCCAAAUGGUUCCAAAACAACAGGACAGGGACGAAUGGUACGAAGAAGGAUUGGUGUGAGUUCUGGGAUAAGGCUGUUAAGAAAACAUUGCAGAAGAUGUUCGAACAAAUCGCUCAGAAUGGAAAUAAGAAUGCAACGAACAAGAAUGAUCCAUGUAAAGAUUUUGGUGAUAAUAAUCCUGAUAGUGUUGAAAGAAAAGCUUGUAAUCAUAUCACAGCAGGACUACAACACCUUAAGGAGAUUCAGCCUAAUGAUCAAAAAAACCAACUGUUCGAAAGAACAGUUGGUUGUAUUGCUCUUAACAUGUACGCUGAUAAAAUAAGGGACAUGACGAAAGAGAAAUGUCCCAUUGGUAAGGACAAAAUAACACAAAUGUUUAAUAAAUGGAAUGAUGAAAAUAAUAAAAAUUCUUCAUGUCCGACCUCUGUUGUUAGUGGUAGUGGUACUAAUAAAGAUUGUUUUGUUUGUAAAAGGGAAGAAAAUUUUUCUGACAGUUGCCAGCUGAGCGUCGAAGACGCUCUGGUGGCAACCAAGCCACCAAAUGGAAAUUGCAAAACUAAGGCAACUGACGCAAUAAAAGCCCAAGAUCAAAUGAAAAAACUCCUCGAAGACAACGACCAAUCCCAAUCUCAGUCCAACUCCAUUAAAUCCAACAUAACGACCACCUUAUCUACUAUCACUAACAUGAAGAACUCUUUCUGUACUCAAAUCCAAUGCGCAGCAAAGAAAUGGAACUCGAUAAAAAAAAAAAAUGUAAACCCCACUUGGGAUGCCCUGAAAGAAGACAUCAAUAAUGAAUUAGCACUACUUCUAAAAAAUAUGACGGAUGGUCAGACUAAACCGGAAGUUACCACAUACUGUAAGAACAACAAUUGGGAUAAUGGCCAUAAAGAAGGCAAAACAAAUAAAGCAGCUUGCUUGCUUUUUGCUGCAGGAUUAAAGCACAUUUAUACCCAUGGUAAUGGCCACCAGACGGGCCAGUUUAAGGGCCCAUCGUUUGAACAAACGAUGGGUUGUUUAUUUCUUAAAGAAUAUGCAAAACAAUUAAAAGUAAUGGCAAAAAAACAAAAAGAUUAUAGGGUACAUCCUAAAUGUAGCGUAGAAGAGGGCAUAAAUCACGCUUUUAGCAAAAGUAAAGACAUUAUGGAGAAUACAUCAUCUCAAUGCAAAGGUACUAAUGGUAAUAAUUCUUGUUUUGUGUGCAUGGAAAACCAAGGUUAUGACGGUUGCAAAAUUGGCAAUGACGAUAUAGAAAAAAAAGUUAAUAAAUUGUUCACAGAACCAAAGAACAAAGAACAUAUGCAACAAACAUUAGAGAAUACAGUCUGUCCCAUCCUUCUUACGGAUCUCCUUACCCCUUUUCUUCCUUUGGCUCCUGUCUCCAUUGGUCUUUCUGCUAUGGCUUAUUAUCUUUGGAAAUAUUUUGGUCCCCUUGGUAAAGGAGGACCACGUUUCAGAAGAUCUCCUACUGAAAUUCCUGGUUCAUCGAUACAAGAACAAGUCCUUGAUCAUGUGCAACAAGAUAGUUCACAUGAAUAUCGAUUGGUGAAGGAACGAAAACCUCGUUCUGCUCCAACGAGAACGAAACGUUCUGGUGGUGUGAAUCGCCGCACCAUUAUUGAAAUUCAUUUUGAAGUGUUGGAUGAAUGUCAAAAAGAGGACACACAAUUGAACCAGAAGGAUUUUCUGGAACUUUUGGUUCAAGAAUUCAUGGGAUCGGAAUUUAUGGAAGAAGAACAGGUUCCUAAGGAAGGGGUUUCUAUGGAAAGUGUUCCAAAUUUAGGUUCCGGGUUACUGGUUUAA